CUCGCCCCGAAUACAUGCUCACUGUCUGACGCCGUGACCUAACCAAACGUAACCCUAAGAGUCCUCGUUGAAUACAUCGCUAUAUCUCAGUACGGAGGCGAUAGAAAACGUGUGACUACGUCGCUAAUGUAAAUGGCUAGCGCAUUAAUAAUAGUGCGUUAUCUUGGUGCGCGUCUCCCACUGGACGCCUUCACGUCAAGUGGUGCUGUACAAAUAAUGAAGAGGUGAAUCCCCAGCCUACAGUUUUUGGACCUACUUGAGCACCGGCGUCCGAGCGAUUAACAGAGUCAGCGUGGGUUGUCCGUGGCGUUUUGAGUGUCAGUUACUUCUGUGUCGUAAACUGACAUCUCAUCUCAUCAUGCCUGGCAAGAAAUGAAUCCUGAUUCAGCGCUCGACUCGCAUAGAAACGCGCGCGGAGAGAACUUUGCUUUGCAACUCUUGUGUGGUGGAUACGGCACGCGCCACGGCAGCGCGCGGAGGAUUAACAACUUUCCUCAGAAACAGCGCUAUAGCGUCCUUCCCAUGUCGCUUCAAACCCUUCCAUGUCACCAAUUAUUGUUGCUUUAAUUGGACGAGAAUGUUUCAGAAACCAUAUCUGCUCAAACACGGGGAAAACAUCGUUGGUAAGCCUUGAGAAGCGGAUAAUAAAUGACUUUUAUGCGCCUCAGACUCGCGUCCUCGCCAGGUGGACUGUGAAGAGACAGAAGAGGAAUGUUUAUCCGAAAUUUAAUGCCGCUCAUUUUGGGUUUUUUGCCCUUUUUGUUAAGUCACUGUUUUCUCUCACUGUUUCUUCCGUUAUUUCAGUUAGCGAGAGGGGAGCUCCAGAAAUCAUGCUCUCGGACCACAGUGGCACCGCUGGAAGGGAGCUGCCAGUUGCCAUGUCAGUGUAGGCCCUACCCACCGUUACCCCCUCCACCCCCUCCUCCACCACCCCCGAGGCUCCUGGCUCCAACUGUGGCUCCCUCCACUGUAUCCCCCAUAACGCCAUGGAGGAGAGAGAUGGAGAUCUUAGUACUGGGGACAGUAAGCUGUGCAUCUGUGGUCUUCCUCCUCCUGACUGCCAUCAUCUGCUACAAGGCCAUCAAGAGGAAACCCCUUCGAAAAGAAGAGAAUGGCACAAGCCGAGGGGAGUAUGCCAUGAGCUCACGCUGUAAACAGCAGGUAGUGGAAACCAAUAACACUGGAGUAUAGUGGCCAUGCUACAGCAGGCAUGUACAGCUGAACAUUCUGUACCCUACAGCACCACCAUCUCUAUUUGGGUUUAUGAGAUGGACGCAAGGUAUAUUAUCAAUUUAUGAAUGGUAAACCUCAUGGUUGCUCUUCUUGAGACAUAAAAUGAUGUUUAAAGAAAAGACUAAGGUGAAUAUGUAAUGACUGAUGUGUACAGGCAAGAAUAAGCAGGUUUUGAGGAGACACAGAAACUUUUACCGAUGCUGGCAGCUGCACGAAUAUCAUGAGACUCAACCUGGUGGCCCCCUGGGGCCCCUUUGAGGACAAUAUACAACAUCAACAAAAUAAAAGCAUGCACUUUCUGUUGAAUGCAAUGAUGUUUUAAAAUUCCUGUCUUCUCUUGUCUUUAACUCUGUCUUUGCAGUGUUCCUCAUUAAACAUUAAGGGUUCUCUCACCUCAUGUAGAUUUUGUGUGAGUGUUUAAUGGAUAAUUGACUGCAAUUGGCCCCACUGUUUUUAUAAAAUUUCCAAAUGGGAUUGGGUGGUCCUGCAUUUUAUGUACCAAAUAUACAAGGGAGAAUUAGAAUUGUUUUCCUUAAACAUCCAGAGUUUUUGUAAA